UGUUAGCAGAGGUAACUUAGUACAAUGAAGGGACGAUGGCUGCCUGCAGCAGAGUAAUAUGGAUGAAAUUGACGCCUUUGACAGCCCCUAUUCAUGAUGGUUCUGUUCUUCUAAUAUCUGUCUUUUCCAAAAUACUUUGAUCUCACCCAUUUCUGCCCACCUGUACGAGAUUAAGUGUUGUAUCUGUAUCAGUUUGCUAGCUCCGUGCUAUGGUUUCAGCCACAUCAACUGUCUUUAAUCGACCUGACCGAUAUAACGUAUAAUAUGGCCAUUACUCAGUUUCGCCUUUUCAAAAUAUGCACCUGCUUGGCAUCUAUCCUUUCAUUCUUCAAGAGACUGAUUUGCAGGACUGGUAGGACACGCAAGCUGAGCGGGGAUCAGAUCACCCUUCCUACUACAGUAGAUUACUCAUCUGUACCAAAGCAGCCUGAGAUUGAGGAGUGGAGCUCAUGGGAUGAAGAAGCCCCUACGAGUAUCAAAAUUGAAGGUGGUAACGGGACGGUUCCUCCUCCUCAGAUAGAAGCCGAAGAUGAAGAGCCAGACUACUUUAAAGACAUGGCACCCACCAUCAGAAAAACACAAAAAAUUCUGUUGAAGAAAAGGGAACCUCUGACUUUUUCCAUGCCAGACAGUUCCUCUGGUUUCUCCAGCAGAUUAGCUGCCACUCAGGAUAUGUCCUUCAUACAACCAUCUGCGGAGCUGGGAGAUCUUGACACCUGGCAGGAAGACGCAAACGCUUGGGAGGGUGAGGAAGAUGCAGCCUGGGAGGCAGAGGAAGUGCUGAGGCAGCAAAAGCUGGUGGAACGAGAGAGACGUUCUAUGGAGCAGCAGCGGAAGAAAAUGGAGAAAGAGGCACAAAGAAUGAUGAAGAAAGAGCAGAAGAUCGCUGUCAAACUAUCAUAACAUUUAUACAACACCAGACACUCUAAACAACAGCCAAACAACUCACCAUAUUGAGUUUGACCUUGUUUUGUCCUGGCCACCACACCGCUGUCUUCUCUGGGAUAUUUCUGGAGUCCUUCAGUUGUCUUGAAGAAUUCAGUUUAUUUCUUGGGCUUUUUGUAUAUUGGACAGAGCACAGCACAGAGAACCUCUCCUUUCGUUUCUGAGUUGAUUGUGAAUAUUCUUUCAGUGCGCGUAUUGAAAGAAAAACUGGAUGGGUUUUUGUGUCAGUAUUUAUGAAACUUGAAAGAAAUUUUGCAGAAUAAUUUUAAAUGUGUAAUUCAGAAUUUUUUGCCUUUGUGUUUUUCCCAUGUUUUUUAUUUUCUUCACCAUUGUAGUCUUGUAACUGAGCUGUGCUUAAAACACUGGACAGCUUUAUGCAACCCUGAGUUUCUGCUCUUAACACGCAAUUUAGCAGUAGCUUGUUGGUUUUCCUCCAAGAAGUCUGGUAAUUGUUAGAGACCUUAUAUUGAUUUUUAAAUGGGGAACAUUUAUUUUAAACCUGAACUUUGAUCUUGGUAUAUGGGAAAUAAAAUGGUUGGAUUGGAAAUGGUGAACUGAGAUAUGUACUGAGGUUUUUAUAAGAAGUUGGUUGGUUGUCAUGGAAACUCUAGAAUAUUAAAAUAUUCACGUUGGCAACCAAGGCAUCUAUUAUCUUUAGUAGGACUCGAGGUGUUGAAAAGUUCACCAUAUUGGUCACAGGCCUAACCAUUUAGAUUUGUUCUGUUAAACAAAACUGCUUUACUUAUUUAAAACAUUUGAAUUGUUAUAAAUGCUCUUUGUAUGCUAUUAUAAUGCAUAUGAAUGAUUUCAGAUUCCCUACCAAGGGAACUGUUCUGUGUCUUUAAUAAGAAAUGGGAAAUUGUUGAGAUCAUGUCUAUUGAUAUAGUGAGACCUAUCCUUUUAAAAUGAAGAUGGUGCUGAUAUUAACUUCUGCAUGCUAUGAUUAAGAAGAAAGAUGAAGCCACGAGAGACGCAAGAGCAAGAUCAUCAUGAAAAACAGAAUAAAAUCACAUUUUUUGUUAUUACUUAUUUUUGUUUAUUUUUCCCCACCCACACUGUCAAAGGUGUUUAGAGACCAGCCGUAUAGCUGUAAAAUAUACUUGUAUAAUUUGGAUCUCUUGUUUUAUUUUUAUCUGAAGAAUCUUGCACUGUUAUUUCUUUAACACAUUUCUCGCAGAAACACUUUUACCACUUUUACCUUAGUGCUGAAGUAAACAUGAUGUCUUUGAUGAUGUUUUUGAAAACAGGCAGUCAGCAAUCCAAACUUUGUGAUAUUUGAUUAUCUUUGGUCUGGAAUAUGUGUUGUGUCAUUUGAGCUGUGAUGUUCAAGGUCGGACGAAUUAUCCCGGGCGAUGGGAGGUUCUGGAUGUGAGAACCUGAUGUCACAAUCCCCAUCUGCCUCAGCUACACCCCGGUCCCAGAACGCUCCCACAGCCUGACCCACUUAAACGAAGAGAAUAUAAACGGACUGAAUUAUACAUUACACACUGUCUGCUGCAGCUAUGCGGAUCUCCACCGUGUCUGACAGCGCAUUUACUUGGUUUACUUAUGAGUUCAUCUAUGAGCUUGUCUCUGUAAUAUAAAAUGUUAAUUAAAUCAAAUUAAUAUAAACAAAACAUAAAUGUAUGUCUCUUAACAGCACAUCUGCACCGGAAUAACAUCACACAAAUGCAUUUUGAAAUGAGUCACAAUACACAGUGCAGAUUUUUUCCAUCAUUAGUAUAGUAUUAUUAGUAUAAAACUGAUCUAAGAUCAGAGAUCUCUCAUUUAAGGUGUCUAGCUGGACCAAAAGUAAACAGCAUCAAGCAUCUAUCUUGCUGUUUCACGCAUGCAAAGUCAUGUAAUGCAACAGACAAGUCCCAUUUGGUAACAGAUGUACUGAAUGUUCUUCUGGGUACCCACGGGUCCUUGCUUAGUAAUGGUCGUUUUGAUCUCUGCUUCAGUUGUGUGAAAGUGCUGCAUGGUGCUGAGAGGCAUGUCCUACGUAUCUUUUGUAUUACAUAAAACAAUGUUUGUAAUUGUGUGUGUGUGUUCGGGUCCACAUUAAUGCACUUCCGCUGACAGGAU